AUGGCCGAUUCAAAGUCUAGUCGGAAAAGGACGAUCGAUUCCGGCGUCGACGGAGAAAUCUCGACAAACUCAUCUUCCAGAAGUAACGUUGCUUUCUUAAAUGGCAAAUUUGCCCAGAAUCUUGCUAAACUUGUCGCUGCUGAGAAUCUCCCCCUCGAUUUUGGCGAUAGGCCAACUUUUGAAGAUCUUUGCGGUUCGUUAAAUCCCGCCGUCAAACGUGUUCCGGCUGCUACACUCACGCGCACGCUGAAAUUAUCUUACCGCAAAAGCAAAGAUGAUCUGAUCGAGGAAUUGGCCGGCGUGAAAACAAAGAAAAGAUUGCUAGGGUUCAGAUUUUUCCAGGGAGAGCACACGGCCGAGAACAUUUGCCGAACUGUAUUGUCAGUAUUGGAAGAGUACGGUGUAACCCUUAAGAUUUUUUCGAUAUUGUUCGACACUCUUGGCUCAGAUGCUGCAAGCAUUGAAGAUUUGAAGACAACAUUUGAGUCGUUGAUUGGUGGUAAAGUUUAUCCUUUCAUCAACGUAAGCCGUCUAUUAAGUUUAUGUGCACAAGAUGGAUUGCAGCAUUUAGAUCUUCAGCUCAAACCCAUAAGGCAAGCAAUUGACUAUUUGUGGUCAAACCCACGACUCAUAGAACAGUGGUACGAGUUUUGCUCUACGAACCGAAUGAAUCCAGAAAAGUUUUCACGAUAUGUCCCGGCCCGUUGGGAUCUGACUUAUCUUCUAUUGCAUAAGUUUCUCGAGUACAAAGAGCUGUUGAGCAGAUUUUUCACGGAGAAUGUCAAGGAAAUACAAUUGCUUCCGAAUCAAUGGGUUGUGUGGGAAAAGGUUUGUGAUGUUUUGAAAAGCUUCUAUUUCGGUGUUGAAGAAAUUUCGAAUGGUGAUGAAAGCGGCGAUUUGUUGUUACUCUGUUGUAUUCACAUUGCCACCGCUUUGAAUAAGUAUUGCAAUGACGAGGAUCUAAAAUGCUGUGUCGAGGCAAUGAGGAGCAGAUGGGAAAAACAUUGUCUGAACCUCCCACUGAUUAAUUUACUUGCUAAUGUUUUUGAUCCUUGGACUAGACUAGCCUCUCUAGGACAUUACUUGACUAUGUAUUAUGAUCAGUUGAUCCCUGUCAAGGACGAGCAUUCACCUGAUCCGACUCUUAUUGUGGACAACGUUAGACAGCUCUUGGAUAAUUUUUACCAAGAGUACAAGUCAAAGUACGGUGAAAAUUUUACCGAACCCCAGCCACAACAAGAGACUGGAGAGAUUGGAGAUAGGGGUCGUCGUGGCCCAUUCGGUCGACUGAGUUUAUGCGAACGUUUUAGGAAGGAAGUAGUGGAAAGGAGAAGAAAAGAGAGGAAAGAAUUCCUCGAACGGGAACUCGAGAAUUAUCUACAAACUUGGGUGCCUGUUCAGAACAUCCACAAACUUCAAUGGUGGUCAUCAAGCCAAGACACGUACCCAGUGAUUUCGCGGAUGGCAAAAGAGGUUCUCGCCUGCCCGGUCUCGACUGGGGCAAUGGAGCGGACGAACUCCACAGGUGGAGAGACGCCGCCUGCUCUGGAGUCAGAAGAAACUGUCAAAGAAGUCCUUGUGAUGUUGUCUCGGAAUUUGAUGAAAGAGGCAAUGCAUUGUGAGGCGGCGGCAGGAGGGGUGGAGGUCGAGGUCUCCAAGUAA